AUGGCUUGGGCUCUCCGGACAGAUGAAAGGCCUAAUCCGAAUGAAAACGAGGAACCGGGCCACGACUAUGCCAGGUCGAACCGAACCGUCCAACCAAUUCCCCCGCGCUCCAUCCUCCUCCUCAUCCCUAGCCAUGGCAGGCUAGGGUUUCCGCCGCCCGCCGCCCGCCGCCGCCACGUUCUCCGCCGCCAGCGCCCGAGCUCGCCUCCCUUCUCCGUUCCCGGCCUCGUCCGACCCCCGUCGUGGGUGGUGCUCUUCGUCCUCCACCUGCCGCCCCGCCCGCCAGACACCGGCCCCGCCGCCAUCGGCCGCCCUCGCCGCCAAGCACUCGGCGUGCUGCCGGCGCUCGCCUCGCGAGCCCUCCUCCGUCGCUCUGUUCCCGUCGUCCUCCACCUGCCGCCGACCGUCUUGUUCCCCACCCCUGCCGCCGGCCGCCUUUGGAGAUCCUCUCGCGCCUCCCCGCCAGGUCCGUCCAGCGCUUCAAGUGCGUGUGAGCGUGUCCCCUUGCUGGCGCGACGCCGCGACCUCAUCGCGGACCCGGGUAACCGCAGGAAGCUCCCGCAGACCCUCGCCGGGUUCCUCUACGACACCUACCACAGGGUGAACCCCGACGUGCGCGAGUUCCACUUCGCGAGCGUCUCCGCCACCGCCGCCGCCGGCGCGGCCCAGGCGGUGGACCCGUCCCUCCCGUUCCUGCCACGGGACGAGCACCACCGGUACGUGGCCCAUGUGGACACCUGCAACGGCCUCCUCUGCCUCGCCCACAUGGCCUCUGCUUCUUCUCCGUCCUCCACGGACGACGACGAGGACAUGGUCGAGUCCCAUUACGUGGUGUGCAACCCUGCCACGGCGAUGUGGGUCGACCUGCCCCCUCACCCCAAGGUGUCGUCAGCUCUCGUGAUGGCUCGGUUGGCUUUUGAUCCGGCAGUCUCGUCUCAUUUCCACGUUCUUCAGUUUGCCAAGACCGACCAGGAGGAGUACGUCAGAGGAGUGGACAUAUACUCAUCGCGGACGGGAGCCUGGAAUCAUAGAGAAACCACCGGGUCCGUCGAGAAAUUCAACCUCUACUUUGGCGUUACGAGCGUCUUCUUUCGUGGUAUGCUGCACUUGCUAGGUUGGCUGCACCCCAUGAACGUCGAAGCAGGAUGCUGUGCUGGUAGCAGUGGACAUGGAGGGGCAGGUGUGGAAGACUAUACGUGUGCCGUCACGCGGUAUACGUUUCGGCAAGAUUGGAUUGUCGCAGGGGUGCUUGCACUAUGCAACCACACCCGUCGGUGAUGUCGGCAGGAAUACCGUGAUAGCAUCGGUCUGGUACAUGAAGGAUUAUGCUAGCAAAGAAUGGGUCUUGAAGCAUACUCUCUGCAAGGAUGAGUUGCUGCGGGGCAUAACUGCGG